CAAGAUGGCGGCGCUGCGCACGGCGAGGGCGGGGGGCAGUGGGGACCGGGGGGCGGUGGGACGCUGACCCCGCCCCCUGCUGCUGCCUGUCUGCGCCGGGCGGCGGCGGCACCGGCACCAAAGCCCUGAACAUGGCGGCCACCGCGCGCAGCUUUGGUCCGGAGCGGGAAGCCGAGCCGGCCAAGGAGGCUCGCGUCGUGGGCUCCGAGCUCGUGGACACGUACACGGUUUACAUCAUCCAGGUCACUGAUGGCAGCCAUGAGUGGACAGUCAAGCACCGCUAUAGUGACUUCCAUGAACUGCAUGAAAAGCUCGUUGCAGAGAAAAAGAUUGAUAAAAAUCUGCUUCCACCUAAAAAGAUAAUCGGGAAAAACUCAAGAAGUUUGGUGGAGAAGAGGGAGAAGGAUCUGGAGGUCUAUCUCCAGACACUCCUGGCUGCCUUCCCUGGUGUGGCCCCCAGAGUACUGGCCCACUUCUUGCAUUUUCACUUCUACGAGAUAAAUGGCAUCACUGCAGCACUGGCCGAAGAGCUCUUUGAAAAAGGAGAACAGCUUCUGGGGGCCGGUGAAGUCUUCGCCAUCGGGCCCUUGCAGCUCUAUGCGGUCACUGAGCAGCUGCAGCAGGGAAAGCCCACAUGCACCAGUGGAGAUGCCAAGACCGACCUUGGGCACAUCCUGGACUUCGCCUGUCGCCUUAAGUACCUUAAGGUUUCCGGCACAGAAGGACCUUUUGGGACCAGCAACAUUCAGGAGCAGCUUCUGCCAUUUGAUCUGUCAAUAUUCAAGGCCCUUCAUCAGGUGGAGAUAAGUCACUGUGAUGCUAAGCACAUCCGAGGGCUGGUGGCAUCAAAGCCUACCUUAGCCACCAUGAGUGUCCGCUUCUCAGCAACCUCAAUGAAGGAAGUCCUUGUUCCUGAAGCUUUGGAAUUUGAUGAGUGGGAGCCAGAAGGCACAGCCCUGGAAGGCCCUGUGACUGCUGUCAUCCCCACUUGGCAAGCACUGACCACUCUUGAUCUGAGCCACAACAGCAUCUCUGAGAUCGACGAGUCUGUGAAACUAAUCCCGAAGAUUGAGUUCCUGGACCUGAGUCACAAUGGAUUGCUGAUUGUGGAUAAUCUGCAGCACCUGUACAACCUUGUGCACCUGGACCUGUCCUACAACAAGCUGUCCUCCUUAGAAGGGGUUCACACCAAGUUGGGCAACAUCAAGACCCUGAACCUGGCGGGCAACCUCCUGGAGAGUUUGAGUGGCCUGCACAAGCUCUACUCCCUGGUCAGCCUGGACCUCAGCAGCAACAGGAUUGAGCAGAUGGAGGAGGUCAGGAGCAUAGGCAGCCUCCCAUGUCUGGAGAACGUGGCUCUGCUGAACAACCCUCUGAGCAUCAUCCCUGACUACCGGACCAAGGUGCUCGCUCAGUUUGGAGAGAGGGCCUCUGAGGUGUGUCUGGAUGACACAGUGACCACAGAGAAGGAGCUGGACACUGUGGAAGUACUGAAAGCAAUUCAGAAAGCCAAGGAGGUCAAGUCCAAACUGAGCAACCCAGAGAAGAAGGUUGGUGAGGAUUCCCGGCUCUCAGCUUCCCCCGGUGUCAGACCCAGCAGCUCCCCUCCCACUGUGGCUCCCACCUCUGCCUCCCUGCCUCAGCCCAUCCUCUCCAACCAAGGAAUCAUGUUCGUGCAGGAGGAGGCCCUGGCCAGCAGCCUUUCAUCCACUGACAGUCUGACUCCAGAAGACCGGCCCAUUGCCCGGGGAUGCUCUGAUUCCUUGGAGUCUAUCCCUGCAGGACAGCCAACUUCUGAUGAGUUAAGAGACGUGCCUGGAGCUGUUGGCGGUGCCAGCCCGGAGCAUGCAGAGCCAGAGGUCCAGGUGGUUCCCGGAUCUGGCCAGAUCAUCUUCCUGCCCUUUACCUGCAUUGGCUACACGGCCACCAACCAGGACUUCAUCCAGCGCCUGAGCACGCUGAUCCGGCAGGCCAUUGAACGGCAGCUGCCCGCCUGGAUCGAGGCCGCUAACCAGCGGGAGGAGGGCCAGGCCAGACAGAGAGAGGACGAUGAUGAGGAUGAGGAAGAGGAUGUUGCUGAGAACCGCUACUUUGAGAUGGGGCCCCCAGACACAGAGGAAGAGGAAGAAGGAGGCCGGGGAGAGGAAGAGGAGGAAGAAGAGGAUGAAGAGGCCGAGGAGGAGCGCCUAGCCCUGGAGUGGGCCCUGGGUGCUGAUGAGGACUUCCUGCUGGAGCACAUCCGCAUCCUCAAGGUGCUAUGGUGCUUCCUGAUCCACGUGCAGGGCAGCAUCCGCCAGUUUGCUGCCUGCCUCGUACUCACCGAUUUCGGCAUUGCCGUCUUCGAGAUCCCACACCAGGAGUCUCGGGGCAGCAGCCAGCACAUCCUCUCAUCCCUGCGCUUUGUCUUCUGUUUCCCGCAUGGUGACCUCACAGAGUUCGGCUUCCUCAUGCCGGAGCUGUGCCUGGUGCUGAAGGUGCGGCACAGCGAGAACACGCUCUUCAUCAUCUCGGAUGCCGCAAACCUGCAUGGCUUCCACGUGGACCUGCGCUCAUGUUUCGCCCCACAACACAUGGCCAUGCUGUGCAGCCCCAUCCUCUAUGGCAGCCACACCAGCCUACAAGAGUUCCUGCGCCAGCUGCUGACCUUCUACAAAGUGGCUGGCGGCUGCCAGGAGCGCAGCCAGGGCUGCUUCCCCGUCUACCUGGUCUACAGUGACAAGCGCAUGGUGCAGACGGCCGCUGGAGACUACUCCGGUAACAUCGAGUGGGCCAGCUGCACGCUCUGCUCAGCUGUGAGACGCUCGUGCUGUGCGCCCUCCGAGGCAGUCAAGUCUGCUGCCAUCCCCUACUGGCUAUUGCUCACACCCCAGCACCUCAACGUCAUCAAGGCUGACUUCAACCCCAUGCCCAACCGUGGUACCCACAACUGUCGCAACCGCAACAGCUUCAAGCUCAGCCGUGUGCCACUCUCCACUGUGCUGCUGGACCCCACACGCAGCUGCACCCAGCCUCGGGGUGCCUUUGCCGAUGGCCAUGUGCUUGAGCUGCUCGUGGGCUACCGUUUUGUCACUGCCAUCUUCGUGCUGCCCCAUGAGAAGUUCCACUUCCUGCGCAUCUACAACCAGCUGAGGGCCUCGCUGCAGGACCUGAAGACCGUGGUCAUUGCCAAGACCCCUGCAACUGGGGCCAUCCCUCAGAGACCCCUUGUAGACGGCCAGCCUGCCGAGGGUAGGGCCAGCAAUGACCAGCAUUCCCAGGAGGCCCCAGCUGAGGCUCCGGCCCCAGCCCCAGCCCCAGCAGAAGUCCCAGCUCCAGCUGAAGUCCCAGCUCUAGCCCUGGACCCAAGCCCAGCAAAGACUCCAGCUUCAACAGAUGCCUCAGCCCCAGCACCAGCGGAGGCUUCAGCUCCAUCUUUGGUCCCAGAAGAAGCACCAGUGGAGACUUCAGCUCCAGCCCCAGCAGAGGCCCAGGCACAAGCUGAGGUCCCCACCCAGUACCCAAGCAAGCAUCUGAUCCAGUCCACCUCAGAAGAGAACCAGAUCCCCUCACACCUGCCUGCCUGCCCGUCCCUUCGGCAUAUUGCCAGCCUCCCAGGGAGUGCCAUCAUCGAACUCUUCCACAGCAGCAUCGCUGAGGUUGAAAACGAGGAACUAAGGCACCUCAUGUGGUCUUCAGUGGUAUUCUACCAGACCCCAGGGCUAGAGGUGACCGCCUGUGUGCUGCUCUCCACCAAGGCUGUGUACUUUGUGCUACAUGAUGGCCUCCGCCGCUACUUCUCGGAGCCACUGCAGGAUUUCUGGCAUCAGAAAAACACCGACUACAACAAUAGUCCCUUCCACAUCUCCCAGUGCUUUGUUCUAAAACUCAGUGACCUGCAGUCAGUCAACGUUGGGCUUUUUGACCAGUAUUUCCGACUGACGGGCUCCUCCCCAGCACAGGUGGUCACGUGCUUGACGCGGGACAGCUACCUGACGCACUGCUUUCUCCAGCAUCUCAUGGUCGUGUUGUCCUCGCUGGAACGCACGCCCUCACCUGAGCCUGUUGACAAGGAUUUCUACUCUGAGUUUGGGAACAAGACCACAGGAAAGAUGGAGAACUAUGAGCUGAUCCACUCAAGCCGUGUCAAGUUCACCUACCCCAGUGAGGAGGAGAUUGGGGACCUAACCUUCAUUGUGGCCCAGAAGAUGGCUGACCCAGAGAAGGCCCCAGCCCUCAGCAUCCUGCUGUAUGUGCAAGCCUUCCAGGUGUCCACACCACCACCUGGGCGCUGCAGGGGCCCACUGCGCCCCAAGACAUUACUGCUCACCAGUGCUGAGAUUUUUCUCCUGGAUGAGGACUACAUCCACUACCCGCUGCCCGAGUUUGCCAAAGAGCCGCCACAGAGAGACAGGUACCGGCUAGAUGAUGGCCGCCGCGUCCGGGACCUGGACCGAGUGCUCAUGGGCUACCAGACCUACCCUCAGGCCCUCACCCUUGUCUUUGAUGAUGUGCAGGGUCAUGACCUCAUGGGCAAUGUCACCCUGGACCACUUUGGGGAGGUGCCCGGUGGCCCAGCUGGGGCUGGCCAGGGCCGUGAAGUCCAGUGGCAGAUAUUUGUCCCCAGCGCUGAGAGCCGAGAGAAGCUCAUCUCACUGUUGGCCCGCCAGUGGGAGGCUCUGUGUGGCCGGGAGCUGCCCGUUGAGCUUACCGGCUAGCCCAAGGCACAGCCACCUUUGCCACCUGCUGUGUCCAGCCUGGCGCCACAGGGCAGGGAACAGGCUUUUUUCUCUUAAAAAUAUUUUCUCCUCCCCUUUGGUACCUUAAUUUGUUCUCACAGAGAGUGUGAACAUGGAUGUUCAAUUAAUUCUAAUGCUGGGAGUGAGAAAGCCCCCUCCAGGGCUGUCCAUGUGCUGACAGCCUCUCGUGGGUGUUGUACCCUAGAGUAGUGUGGCUGGGUACACCAGUGUUGUCUGAUUGUUGUGGGACCAUUGUUAACCGUGACACUGUGGGUCUGAUUCACUCCUUCACAUGUUCUCUCCUGAAGUGUCAAGUCCAGUCCUUUGUUGCUGUUGCUGUUGCUGUGGCUGUCAUUGUGGGCAUUUUGCUGCUAAUCCUGCAGCUGGUAGCAAUGUACACGUUGGAAGCCCCCGCCCCAUGUGGUUUUUCAAAGUGGAGGCCUCCCCUGGUGCAGACUAGUGGAGAGCCCCACAGGAGUCCCCCAGGCCUUGGGGCUAAGAGGGGUGGGGGCAGGGGACCUAGAGCUGCCAGCACCAAGUGUGAUUCCUGUUGCCUAUAUUCUCUAUUCCAAUAAAGCAGAGUUUAACACAG